GCUGUUUACCAUAGGGCUGAGCCGAGCCACAGCGCCGGGCUCACAGCACCCCCACCAUGGCCUCCCGUAGCGCGGGCACACUAAUGACCGAAUUCAAUGCCGCCUUCGUGCCCCCCGCUCUCAUGCCCGGGUAUAAAGGCCAUGUCCCCAGUGUGGCUUCCUCCUUUGGCUCCUCUUACGGCAACACCACCUUCAAGUACUUCCAGGACCUCCGCAAUACAGCCUUGGAGAAGAGCUAUGCACUCCUCAGUGGAGGCCGCUUUCCCACCAUCUUCUCCCCUAACCCCACCCUGGUGCUGACCAACCAGGCCCAGGACUGGGACCGCUUUCUGCAUCUGCCCACCUACACCCGAUCCAACCUGGACAGCAGCCGCAACUUCGAGAUCAAUAACUUUUAUCAGGCAGUACAGCAGCAGCGGAACUACUACCAAGACAAGACUGGCACGGUGCCCCGUGUUCCCUACUUCGUGCUGCCUGUGAAGGAGCGGGACCGGUACCCCCUACCCACCGACCUGCCUCCUCUCACCCCGAAGAAUAAGUGGCACCUUUUAAGAGUGUCCCCUGACUACCUGAAGCACUCUCAGACUUUCCCGUCGGGGAAGAGAGUCUCCUCACAGGAGCGGCGGAGGAGGGACCUCUACUUCGAGUUCAGAGCCUGAAGCCAGGUGGCUGAUGCCAGGGAGCCUUGGCUUGACCAGGCUGGCUGGCUUGCAAUAAAAUCUUCAGCCACAACCUUC